UAGGGGCCUCAUAGCAGUCACGUGUUAUUCAGCCUGAUCCGUUUGUGUACAUCAUUUCCCAGAACUCAUUGCUUGUUGUUUGAGGGCGUGUCGCGAGCGAGGCUUAUUGGGGAAGAUGAAAAAUUUUCGCAGCAGACUUUUCGCGCAUUGGCUGUGAAAGCCUUUCUUUCUUGUUGUGUUUGAUGGAUUAUGAGCUCCGGUAAAUCGCACUACAACAAUUUCUCAGGAGGUGUUUCAUCAGCUGCAAGCAUCAACGCCUGCACGUCUGACCUCAACCACAAGGACAGAAUGGAGAACACGUUUGGGACGUCCUUUUCAGGAGUUCCCCCUGUUAGCAAAGCUGAGACAUCCAGUAAUUAUAAACAGCACCGUCGAACACCUUCAACCUCCAGCACGCUGGCUUUCUCCGCUCGAGACGAUGACGACGGCAUGCCACCCAUCGGUACGUCACGUGGUUCAGACUCGGCCAUCUCCGUUCGUUCUCUUCACUCGGAGUCCAACAUGUCCCUGCGCUCAACCUUUUCCCUGCAUGAAGAAGAGGAGGAUACGGAUCCACAGGUUUUUGCUGAACAGCCGUCAGUCAAACUGUGCUGUCAGCUGUGCUGUAACGUUUUUAAAGACCCCGUCAUCACCACAUGUGGGCACACCUUCUGCAGGCGAUGUGCCUUAACCUCUGAGAAAUGCCCAGUGGAUAACUCGAAGCUCACCGUGGUGGUGAAUAACAUCGCUGUGGCCGAGCAGAUCGGUGAACUCUUCAUUCACUGUAAAUAUGGUGUACGUCCCACUGCUUCAGGAAAACCAGCUGCCUUUGAGGUGGAUCCACUCGGCUGCCCUUUCACCGUCAAACUCAGCACUAGGAAAGAUCACGAGGUGAGCUGUGAUUACCGGCCGGUGCGCUGCCCGAAUAAUCCCAGCUGUCCUCCUCUGCUCACUAUGAACCUGGAGGCUCAUCUGAAGGAAUGUGAACACAUCAAGUGCCCCCAUUCAAAAUACGGAUGCACGUUCAUCGGGAAUCAGGACACGUAUGAGACGCAUCUGGAAGCAUGUAAGUUUGAGGGGCUGAAGGAGUUCCUGCAGCAGACAGAUGAUCGCUUCCAUGAGAUGCAGGUGACUCUGGCUCAGAAAGAUCAGGACAUCUCCUUCCUCCGCUCCAUGCUGGGCAAACUGUCCGAAAAACUCGACCAGCUUGAGAAAAACCUGGAGCUCAAAUUUGAUGUGCUGGAUGAGAACCAAAGCAAACUGAGUGAAGAUCUUAUGGAAUUCCGUAGGGACGCCUCAAUGCUUAACGAUGAACUUUCACAUAUUAACGCCAGGCUUAACAUGGGCAUCCUUGGCUCCUACGACCCUCAGCAGAUCUUUAAGUGUAAAGGCACAUUUGUGGGUCAUCAGGGUCCGGUGUGGUGUUUAUGUGUUUAUUCCACCGGUGACCUGCUGUUCAGUGGCUCGUCAGACAAAACCAUCAAGGUUUGGGACACUUGUACCACCUACAAGUGCCAGAAAACUCUGGAGGGUCAUGAUGGCAUUGUAUUAGCACUGUGUAUUCAGGGUAAUAAGCUGUACAGUGGCUCAGCAGAUUGCACCAUCAUUGUUUGGGACAUCCAGAACUUGCAGAAAGUGAACACAAUCCGUGCACAUGAUAACCCAGUGUGCACACUCGUCUCCUCACACAACAUGCUUUUCAGCGGCUCACUCAAAGCAAUUAAGGUGUGGGACAUUGUGGGCACAGAGCUGAAGCUGAAGAAAGAGCUCACGGGUCUGAAUCACUGGGUUCGAGCUCUGGUCGCAUCUCAGAAUCACCUGUACAGCGGAUCGUACCAAACCAUUAAGAUUUGGGACAUUCGUUCUCUCGAGUGCGUACACGUCCUCCAGACCUCCGGGGGCAGCGUUUACUCCAUUGCUGUCACCAACCACCACAUAGUUUGUGGCACGUAUGAGAACCUCAUACAUGUGUGGGACAUCGAGUCUAAAGAGCAGGUGCGCACACUUACGGGACACGUAGGGACGGUGUACGCUCUGGCUGUCAUUUCCACGCCGGACCAGACCAAAGUGUUCAGUGCCUCCUACGAUCGCUCACUUAGGGUGUGGAGUAUGGACAACAUGAUCUGCACACAGACUCUGCUGCGGCAUCAAGGCAGCGUCACUGCACUGGCCGUCUCUAGAGGCCGUCUGUUUUCUGGAGCCGUGGACAGCACCGUGAAGGUGUGGACCUGCUAAAUGAUGACCAACUUCUAAAAUCACACAGUGGGCCUUUAGUUCCUUCCAGCAGUGUGUAAAAACUGAUUACAUGGUGAAGUUGCAUCACUUUUAAAGACACCAGCCUGAGCAGGAGUGACUUUCCCCCCCUGUUUUUAUCUGUUUCCUGUGAUGUGGACACGGUUUAUCUUGGCUCACACAGCCAUGGACCCUGACUGCUGCGUCGCCUUAAACCACUCCAAAUGACCAGCGUGUAAAAGUCCUCAGUGACCAGACUGAAUAUACAGUUGUGUGUAUAUAUAGCUGUUUGAUUCGGUUAUAACGGCGGCUGCUCUGAACAGCAAGCCAUGACGUGACGAAUCAUGUCUGAGAUGCCUUCUCUGCUGGGACUCAGCAAUUAGAUCAUCUGAACUGACCACCUAAACUUUUCUCCACUCACAUUUGAAACGUUUUUACGAAGCAUCCUGCACAGGUCUGGGAACAGAACUCCAGUAAUAAUUCAAUUCCUCCGAGAUUGCUCACUACAUGAGAUUAGCCUUGAUUUUGUGCUCGUCAAUAUUAGCCAUGUGUUGACACUGAGGCGAAAGUCACGUGCAGUCAUGAGGCAGGCGAGCGGCUCAACACAGCCAGAGACGCCAUGACAUUUCCCAGCAUGCCGGAAACAAUCGGUAAUAAAUCUCGGCAUGCGAGUGCGGCGUGAUGUAAGGAGCGAGACGGGCGAGCAAGCGGACAGCGAAUAUUGUGAAGGAUAUUGAACAGGAAAUUGAUGAAGCAGGCAUGGCGACGACUACAGCAGUCUGCUCAUGCUCCAUUAUGGCAAAGUCACACGAUGAAGUUAAAAACAGCUGAUCAGUAUUCACAGAAGUGUCCAAUCCUAGUCCUGAGAGCCAAACAAUUUUUCAAGUGGUGGCAUAAAAAAGUUUACAUGAUGCAUUUUUUUGUCCAUUUGAGCAGCUUUAUGACUAACAUUUGAUAUUGCCAAGUGAGAGAUUUUUUUUUUGUGUGUGCUUUUUCUUUUCUACUGUAUAUAUUUAAUCAUCUGAUUAACUAACAGCACACUACGUUGAUGGAAAAAUGAACCUUUUUCAGUGCAUCGUGGUCCGCUUCCUACUAACCGGGUCCACUCGGCCACCUUCCUCAGCUCUCGAAUGAAGUAAAAGAAGUAUCGAGUGGAUGUCACUCUAGACUGCUGUUCACUUCUGAAAUGGCUAAUGAUGCUGUUUAAACAUGUAAAAAAAGUGUCAUACUUCAAACAGGAAGUCAGUUCAGCCUGGUUCAAAUACUUCUGUAUCGCUAGCAGAGAAGCACGCGAUUAACACACUGUCUGCUUGUGUUGCUAGUGCACACUCAUGAUGUGAGAUUUUUUAGGGGAAAUCAGUGACGGUGUGAAAAACAGUAUUGUAACACUGGGUUAUUUAUCUUUUAACCCAAAUGGUGACUGUAUUACAGUUGAUGAUACAGCAGCAGAUGAGCUCUGAGCAGCUGCAGCUUCAGGUGUGUGUGGGUGUGUGUGUAAUACAAAAUACACACCACAAUCAUCUGGGUGUCUCAAAGAACUGCUCCGGUGUUUUAAUCAGUCACACAUACACACACACUCCUAACAUAUAGUGUUAAUCAUCGUUAACUCCGUUAUUCCAGUCCUUUGUGUUAUCGUUGCUUCUGCUCUCAGCCAAUCAGAAGGCGCUGUACUGGAGGUAAAAUUAGACAAGUGCCGUUAAUACAUUUCCAUUGUUACUAGUAAUUGUCUACAUUUUUAUCAUGGAUCAUGACAUUAUCACCAUAUUGAAUAAAUUGUUCUGACGAA